AUGGGUGUUCUCGACAUUGUUCCAGCUGGCGUCCUCACAGGCGAUCAGACCAGGAAGCUCUUCGAAUAUGCACGAGAACACAAGUUUGCUAUUCCGGCAGUUAACGUCACCUCCUCGUCGACUGCCAAUGCAGUUCUAGAGGCUGCCCGUGAUAUCAAGUCACCCAUCAUCAUUCAAUGCUCUCAGGGCGGGUCCGCCUACUAUGCCGGAAAAGGGCUUCCGAACGGGAACCAGGAGGCCUCGAUUACAGGCGCCAUCGCCGCGGCAAAGCAUGUGCACACCGUCGCAAAAUCCUACGGUAUCCCAGUUGUCAUGCAUUCGGACCACUGCGCAAAGAAGCUCCUGCCGUGGUUCGACGGCAUGCUCGAGGCGGAUACGGCUCAUUUCAAGGAGCACGGCGUGCCGUUGUUCAGUAGCCACAUGCUCGACCUUAGCGAGGAACCCAAGGAGGAAAACAUUGCCAUUUGUGCCGAGUAUCUCAAGAAGAUGGCUCCGCUUAAUCUCUGGCUUGAGAUGGAAAUUGGCAUUACGGGUGGCGAGGAGGAUGGCGUUGACAACACCGGUGUCGACAAUGCAAGCUUGUACACACAACCAGAGGAUAUCUUCGAGGUGUACGAUGCGCUCGUCAAGAUUUCUCCAAACUUUUCGAUUGCAGCGGCGUUUGGUAACGUCCAUGGUGUCUAUAAGCCAGGAAACGUCAAGCUUCAACCCCAAAUCUUGGCUAACCAUCAAGCCCAUGUCGGCCAGAAGACCGGCAAGGAGAAGCCAUUGUUCCUCGUUUUCCACGGUGGUUCCGGGUCAACCAAAGAGGAAAUUGCUACCGCUGUCCAGAAUGGUGUUGUUAAGAUGAACGUCGAUACUGACACCCAAUUCGCAUACUUGAUCGGCAUGAGGGACUACUUCAAGAAGAAGGCUGGCUACCUCGAGUCCCAGGUUGGCAAUCCUGAGGGAGCGGAUAAGCCGAACAAGAAAUACUAUGAUCCUCGCGUUUGGGUGCGUGAGGGUGAGAAGACGCUCAGCGAACGUGUCAAGGAGGCCUGCACUGACCUGGGCAACGUCAACCGUCUCUGA